AUGGCCCUGGAGUCUCGGUGCCGAACCUCCCAAGAAGGUUCGGAGAGCGGCGAGCCUGGGAAGGAGGUGGGGGAAAGAACGAGGCACCUCACCACCGUUGACAUGCCCACAUCAGCGUCGGUAACAAUCCGGUCAGCCCCAGCAGGCGGGUUGGUGCGCACGUCUGCUCGCCUCGUCAACGCCAUCGGCCCCUUCCCCAUGCCACUCAACUUCGCUCUUGUCUCUCCAAACGGGGAGUGGAUCGCUGUUGUCGGGGACCUUGCUGCUGUGUGUGUGCUGGACCGAGCAUGUGGGUUCAGAGUGAGUGGCAUGGCCAGCAGGCGGAUUCCAGUGGCCUCUAGGAGCACCAGGGGCGCCGCUCACGGGUGCCAGCACCGCCAGCCGUCAUCAGAAGCAGAGGAGCAGAGGCAGCAGAGGGAGGACGCAAGGGAGGAUGGCCGUUGGGUAGUGGCUCUCGAGGGUCUUCCCCCCACCGCUGUGCCUCAUGCUGCUGCUGCCGCUGCUGCUCGUGCUGCCGAUGCUGCUGACGCGACCACUGCUGCUGCUCGUGCUGCUAAUUCUGCUGAUGCUGCUACUGCCGCCGCUGCUCGUGCUGCUGCUGCUGGUGCUGGUGCUGCUCCUGCUGGUGGUGGUCGUGCUGCCGCUGGUGCUGCUUCCGCCGCUGCUGGUGCUGCAGCCGCCCUCGCUGGGGCUGUUUCCGCUGCUGAUGGUGCCGCUCGUGCUGCUGAUGGUGCUGGCCGUGCUGCUGGUGCUGCUGUGGCUGCUCGUGCGACAGUGGGGGGAGUGGUGGGCGGCAUGGUGGACGCAGCACAGGACCAGCUGAGGCGACGUCUGCACCAGUUGGAGCAGCUGUUGCAUCGCCGCAACCAGCCGCCCGUCAGCGACGUGGUGGGGCUGGCGGCUUACCACCACCCUGGAGUUCUUGUCUCGACUGAAACCACUGUCUUCCAGUAUCCUCGCAUGGGAGCCUGGUCACCUGCCUCUCACCGCCUCUAUCCCAAACGCUUCAAGGAGGUGGUACGGCUGCUGUUGCUGGGGCACUACUCUACUGAGCAGUGGGAUUACACUGCGACCGACAGCCACAGCAGCCAGGCACAGUCUGACAGCAGGUACCUGUGGUUGCUUCCCCUCGAAGUGUUGCUUCAGAUCGUUGGACAUGCAUCUACACCACUUUCUGUGUGGAUUAGUGAUGCAUAG